UGCGCAGGGGGCCGGCGCGUAGCCGGGACUAUGGAGGGGCAGAGCGGCCGCUGCAAGAUCGUGGUGGUGGGGGACGCGGAGUGCGGCAAGACGGCGCUGCUGCAGGUGUUCGCCAAGGACGCCUACCCCGGGAGUUAUGUCCCCACCGUGUUUGAGAACUACACCGCGAGCUUUGAGAUCGACAAGCGCCGCAUUGAGCUCAACAUGUGGGACACUUCAGGUUCUUCUUACUAUGAUAACGUCCGGCCUCUGGCCUAUCCUGAUUCAGAUGCUGUGCUCAUCUGCUUCGACAUUAGCCGACCAGAAACAUUGGACAGUGUCCUCAAGAAGUGGCAAGGGGAGACUCAGGAGUUUUGUCCCAAUGCCAAGGUUGUGCUGGUUGGCUGUAAACUGGACAUGCGCACGGACCUGGCCACACUGAGGGAGCUGUCCAAGCAGAGGCUUAUCCCCGUUACACAUGAACAGGGCACCGUGUUGGCCAAGCAGGUAGGGGCUGUGUCCUAUGUGGAGUGCUCCUCCCGGUCCUCUGAGCGCAGCGUCAGGGACGUCUUCCACGUGGCCACAGUGGCCUCCCUUGGCCGUGGCCAUAGGCAGCUUCGUCGUACUGACUCACGCCGUGGACUGCAGAGAUCUGCUCAGCUGGCAGGCCGGCCGGACCGGGGGACCGGGACCGAGAGCGAGAUACACAAGGAUAGAGCGAAGAGCUGCAAUCUCAUGUGAGGGGCUGGGGCGGGGCCGAGUGUAAGGAGCAGUGGCGAAGGGCUCAAUUGUUCCCCUCUGCACCUGGUUCCUGACCUCCUGACUCUGGCAGGGACUUCAGGACAGGCCGAGUGAGGGAUUCUCCUGGUCAGGAGAGCUGAAGGCAGAAGGGGCCACCAUCCCCACAUCCUCAUCCCCCUCCUCUCCACAGGAAGCUGAGGAAGCUAGCAGGACAGGGAGCUGGGCUGGGAGCUGGGGGGCAGGGGUGGAGGAAGCUGGCAUCAAGUAGUGACUUUGGUUUGAGUCUUAGUAUAUGAAGGGUGCCUUCCCUCCCCACCCCCAGUACCCAUAUCCUGGCCCUGGCUUCCUUCCCUAAGGAAAGUGUCCAUUCUGUGACCUUCCCUUUUCCUCUCCUUUCCCUUCCACAGCUGUUCUCACUCAUCCUAACCUCCAGGCAACAUGCACUAAAUUAAAAAGCAAGUUGAGUCCUUCCCCCUUCUACCCACAGUCCUAGCUCCCUCAAUCCCUUCCUGCAACUGUCCCCAAAUAAAGCCCAUGUCCAUGGAAAACAGCUGUGGCUUUAGUUUUGUUGCUUUCUAAAAACCCAAUCUGUCAAUCUCUAGCAGCAGGAGGGAAAGUUAGACUUCAGGAAGAACUUUCUUAUCUAUGCCCAUAGUUAGAGCAGAGGAAAAAGCCUUGGGUCAGAUUAGCAGUGUCCUUUUAGGAGCCAGAGGUGGGGGAGUGAGAGGUCUUGGGAAUAUUCAUCUCAGUUAAUGAGCCAGACAAUCCUAAGGCCAUUAGGGGUUUUUAAGUGGACUGAUGUGCAAUUCAUUCCUCAGCCCAGCUGGGGCCACCUGCUUGUGUGGGAGGGGUCCUGCUGAAGUGGUCCAGGCCCCUUGCACACCAUCUCCAUCCCCCAGCUUGGAAUCUGCUGGUGUCCUGGGAGUUGUCGGGGUAGGGAAAGUAUCAAAAGCCUCCACAGCACAGAAGCUGACCCUUCUGUGCAGUGAAAUUACUCAAGGAGACAAUGGUUUGAUUCUGGGGUCCCUUGGAGGUGAGGGCAGGGGCUCUCACCUUCUUUCCAUUCUGAGCUCCUUGAUGAUUUUGGAGGGAACAUCAGCCGUGAGUUAGGGUCACUCCCCCCCCCCCCCCCCCCCCAGGGGGAAAGCCAGUGGAGGGGCUGGCCAGAGCUCUUGUUGUCAGGAAAGACAGUACUGGUCUGUUUUCUUGGGAGUCUGGUUUCACAUUGUCCUGUAUUCCCUCCCUGGCUCUGGUCCCACUGGCCUCUUUUCGGUGACAUUCUCCCCCAGGAACCAUCCCUGGCCAUCCCCUCCCCCCCAGCCCCAGCCAGUCCUUCCAGACACACUCUGGGAGGGGACACAAACCUUAUCCUUCCAUCUGCUGGGUUCCCCCCUAAUUCACAGCCCAUCCUUCCCUCGUUCAUUCAGUAAGUAUGUAGUGAAUACCAACUGUGUGCCAGACACUGGCUUGGAUUCUGAAAGGACCAGUUUCUGUGCUCUGGAGGCCAGCCCAAUGAGAGGUAUCCCAGGUGUGACAGUACCUUGUCUGCGGGAGCUCCGUACAGCUUCAGGAGCCAGUCCUCUGAGCCAGGUCCUGAGGGUUGAAGAGCAGUUUGCCAGGCAGGGAAGGGGUAGGAAAGGCACUCUGGGCGGAGAGGGUACAGCAUGUGCAGACACAUGGAGAUGAGAAGGAAUGUGGCACGGUUGGGGCUGCCAUGGCGAGGAGGGCAGAAGACAAGGCUGGGAAGAUAGAUCAAGGCCACUUCAGGGCCCACAAAGGAGCCAGAACUUCAUUCUGGGAUGUGAGGAGGCACCAGGGAUUUCACGCAGAGAAUGAAGUGACCAGAUUUGGUUUUGGAAUGGAUGCGUAUCUGGAUGAGGUGAUGGGGGCUGGGGGAUUUGGCUCUGAGAUGUGUCAUUUAAAACAGAUUCUCCUUCCCUAUGCCAGGGCCCAGUCUUGAGAGGAAAGGAAAUCCCACCUACUGCUGGCUCAUCAGACACCCCUUUCCCUCCCUGUCCUACAGGACCCUGUCCCAGUCCAUCUCAGCUAAUCUCAAGGAUUCUGGGACAGCUUCAUGGGUACUCGGCACCCGAACUGAGGUUAGGGGCUGACUCCAGGACCCUCCUCCAGCAACCUGAGGCGUGGAUUGGGGCUGCUGGAGAGGGCUGGGGCCCAGCUAGGUGGCUCUCAGUCUGGUCCCAGAGGACUGACCCCUCCCCCACAGGGACCUGCCACACCAUCAACUUGGGAUUUUGGCCAUGGCUUCUUUUCUCCUUUUCGGUUUGAUACAAAGCAGACUCAAGCCUAUAGCCACCAAUGCGCAGAGUGUUUGGGCCUCUCUCUUCUCCCAACUGCCCUCUCCUGCCAUGCUCAGGGAAUGCAAAUGCAUUUCAAUAUCCGCCUAAAGCAAACAUAAUUAGGAAAAUAAAUCAUUGGGGGGAACCCCCAAAGUUUAAUACACUUCCAAUACCGCCAGGAACAGAUUGUGGACUCCUCUGUAGGUCUGAGUUGCCAGACGUUUUAUUUCCUGGGAGGAGGCUGUACCACUGGGCUGAGGAGCCUGUACCACUGGGCUGAGGAGCCCAAUGGGUGGGAGAAGGGAAUGGGGCUGUUUCUAGAUCCUCAAAGGCCCCUGAAAGCUGGAGGGAGGGAACUUUACCCCCACCCCCACCCCAGAUGCAGGAGUCAGACCCAGCUUCCUCCUCUGCAGCUGUUUCCCCCACAAAUUAGAAACCCGUUUGGGAAACAA